UUCCUCCUGAGCUGGGCCCGGGAACCCGCGGCGGCGAGCGGCGCCUUCUGAGGGCGCCGGGCGGUGGCCAGACGGCUCCGGCCCAGUCUGCGGCCGACACCCCCGCGCUCCCAAGUCCGCCGCCCGCAUGGACGCGGCGCCGAAGCGGAGCCGUCCGGAGGAGCCGGCCGAGCUGCCGCCGCCAGCCCGGGACUCGGAGGAAGAGGAGGAGGGGAUGGAGCCGGGGCUGGAGGAGGAGGAAGAGGUGGACCCCCGGAUCCAGGGGGAACUGGAGAAGUUAAAUCAAUCCACGGAUGAUAUAAACAGACGGGAGACUGAACUUGAGGACAUUCGUCAGAAGUUCCGCUCUGUUCUGGUUGAGGCAACGGUGAAACUGGAUGAGCUGGUGAAGAAAAUCGGCAAAGCUGUGGAAGACUCGAAGCCCUACUGGGAGGCACGGAGGGUGGCGCGGCAGGCGCAGCUGGAAGCUCAGAGAGCCACGCAGGACUUCCAGAGGGCCACCGAGGUGCUCCGCGCCGCCAAGGAGACCAUCUCCCUGGCCGAGCAGCGGCUGCUGGAGGAUGACAAGCGGCAGUUUGACUCGGCCUGGCAGGAGAUGCUGAACCACGCCACCCAGAGGGUCAUGGAGGCAGAGCAGACCAAGACGAGGAGCGAGCUGGUGCACAAGGAGACGGCGGCCAGGUACAAUGCGGCCAUGGGCCGCAUGCGGCAGCUGGAGAAGAAACUCAAGCGAGCCAUCAACAAGUCCAAGCCUUACUUUGAACUCAAGGCGAAGUACUACAUGCAGCUUGAGCAGCUGAAGAAGACGGUGGACGAACUGCAGGCCAAGCUGGCCCUUGCGAAGGGCGAGUACAAGACGGCCCUGAGGAACCUGGAGACGAUUUCGGACGAGAUCCACGAGCGGCGGCGCUCCAGCGCCAUGGGGCCCCGUGGGUGCGGUGUCGGGGCCGAGGGGGGCAGCCCGGCUGCCGAGGACCUGUCGGGGUGCAAGCCCGAGCCUGACGCUGUUUCUGUGGCUUCCGAGGCCUUCGAAGAUGACAACUGCAGCACCUUUGUGUCUGAAGACGAUUCGGAGACCCAGUCCGUGUCCAGCUUCAGCUCGGGACCCACGAGCCCGUCGGAGAUGCCCGAGCAGUUCCCCGCAGCCGUGAGGCCUGGCAGCCUGGACCUGCCCAGCCCCAUGUCCCUGUCGGAAUUCGGGAUGAUGUUCCCGGUGCUGGGCCCCCGCAGUGAGUGCAGCGGGGCCUCCUCACCUGAGUGCGAGGUGGAGCGAGGAGACAGGGCGGAAGGGGCAGAGAAUAAAGCAAGUGACAGAGCCAGCAACCAUCGGGGUCUCAGCAGCAGCAGCGGUGACAGUGGUGAGAGCGCGAGCAGCACAUCCCCCGAGGGCCACGCCUUGGAGGACAGGAUGCGGCAGCUGUCCCUGCAGGGUUCGAAGGGCAGGGACAGGGUCAACGCGGACAUAAACGUGGUGCAGGUUGGCUGAUCUGCUUGGACUCUGGCCCAAGCGCAUAUCACUAUUUAGACAUGAAACUGUAUGGAGAACAAUUGUGCCAAUAAUCAUUUAAUAUAUGCCAAAUCCCAAGCAUUGCCUCUAAACUGCACUAAUGACGUUUCAGUGAGCUUGAGAGCUGAGGAUGUUUCUUCUGGGUAAGAGCUCUCAGGCUGGUGUUUUUCAGCACAGAGUCGUUGCAGGUGGGCUGUGACGAGGCCCACGGCCUUUGUGGAAUGUCCCGUCAGUGCUGUGGAAGCAGUAACCGGUUCCCCGGGAAAAAUCCCCGAGCCGGGAAAGGGGCCGGGGAGCUGAGCCCCAGCGGGCUCAAUGGCUGGCUCGAUUGGGAAAAUGGCCUUGUUCUCUCCUUUAUAUCCCAGGGGAUCUAAAGGAAAACAAGUACACAAGACAAAACUCAAAUAUUCAGAACGACACCUUUUCGGCCCAAUGAAGGCUUAAAAAAGAAAAAUCCAAGGACACAAUUCAUUUUCAUCAUCUCUGGUUUUCAGAGGGGGCUUUUUAAAAAGUGAAUUUGCUGGGACACCCAUUAAAAUCAUCUUCUGUAAAAGGUCACCAAGAGCUGCACUUUUGGGGGUGGGAAAGGUGAAUGCUGGUGUGGGGAUGGGGAGGGGGACGAGGGCAGCAGGGGCCUGUCACAGAAGGGGGUUCAUGUCUGUGGAAGAAAAGCUUCUAUAGCGUAAACCUCAUCCUACCGGCCCAGGGGACUUAUUCUAAGAGAAGUGCAUGGGGAAUGGUUGCCAGUGUUGUUCUAGAUUGACAAGGUGUUAAUUUCUCUGUAGGCUGUAACUUUAAAAAUAAAAAAUUAUUUAAGGGUUAUGCUGCACUAGUAUUUCUUAGAGGAAAUUGUUCCUUACAGCUAGGAAAGGGAGGAGGCACAUGUUGGCAAAGGCUGUUAAAUAGAAGCAAUGGUGUCUGUUAUGCUAAAUGUAAGUGUUCUAUUACUGCUUUUCUUGUUUUCAUGGUUACACAUAUUUAGAGCAUUGUAUUUGUCCUUUUUUGUUAAGAAAACUUAGCGUUUCUAAAAGAAAAAAAGCAAUCCCAUUCAAGUUGCUCAUUAAGUCUGUCAAGCUUAUAUAUUUGUCAUUCGUGUAAAUCCCUUCAUACUGUCCUGUUUUCUCCUUUUUUAACGACUGAUACAGUAUCCUAAUUACAAGGUUAUUUUGUACUUGUCUUAAUACCUUGAGUGUAAUAAAAAUGGCUUAAGAAAAUGUCUUUC